AUGUUUUCAAGACCUUCGAUUGUAGCCAAGCGAUUAUUGUGGAAUCUUUCUAGACCCACUGCGAAUAAAAAUGCGGGUUUAAGAUUGAUACGUAAAUUUUCCACCACGCCUCCACCGCCUAAUUCCGAUCCUAGAAUUAGAGGCAAGAUUAUUUUGGUUAUGGGUGCCUUGGCUUUGGGAUCUACUAUUGCAGUUUACACAUUCAAGAAGGAUGAACCAAAGUCUGCAUUUGAGCCUGAACAAAAAACUAUUUCAACCCCAGCACCGGCACCGGCACCGGCACAAGCACAAGCACCAGUAGCACAGUCUGUGGCAGCGCCCGAAUUUGCUCCUGGAAAAAUCUCAGUGAUUUUUGUUCUUGGUGGACCAGGGUCUGGUAAGGGUACACAAUGUGAGAAGCUUGUUAGAGAAAAGAAUUUCGUUCAUCUUUCUGCUGGUGACUUAUUGAGAGCAGAGCAAAACAGACCAGGAUCAACAUAUGGAGAAUUGAUUUCACAAUGCAUUAAGGAAGGAACAAUUGUGCCGCAAGAAGUUACUGUGCAACUAUUGAAGAAUGCAGUAAAAGAGAAUUACGAAAAGGGCCAAACAAAGUUUCUUAUCGAUGGAUUCCCAAGAAAAAUGGACCAGGCUAUUACAUUUGAAGACACAAUAGCCAAAUCUUCAUUUACCUUAUUCUUUGAGUGUCCUGAAGCUGUGAUGUUGAAGAGAUUGUUGGAAAGAGGAAAGACAAGUGGAAGAGCAGAUGAUAACGUCGAGAGUAUCAAAAAGAGAUUUAGAACUUUUAUUGAUACCUCUAUGCCAGUGGUGGAUUAUUUUGCAGAACAAGGGAAAGUGGUUACUGUGAACUGUGAUCACCCAAUUGAUACCGUAAGCGCACAGGUUUUAGAAGCUUUGAAAAGUAGGGGUAUUUGA